AUGGCCGAGAAGCAAGAGAAACAACAACGCUCAGGCGAGAGCGGGAGCCCAAGCCCGUCUUCGUCCGCCGACAGCGGUCGCGUGGUGAACGAGAAGCCCAGGUCUCAGGGAGGCUUUUUUUCCAGGCUUGGCGAUCUUCCCGAGUUAAAGUUUCGCGGCAAGCUUCUCGAGGGCCAGACUCUGAACUGGUGCAUUGGCUUCAUAGCGAGUUGCGGGUUUCUGAUGUUCGGCUAUGACCAGGGCGUAUUGAGCUCCCUCCUCACCCUGGAUGAUUUUCAGAAGAGUAUCGUGUUGAUGACUCCACUGGAAAAGUCGAAUCCCCUGUGCUGGCUUGAUUAUCCCGAAAGCACGCAGCGUGAUUACAGCCAAUGCACUGGAGACCCCAACACACAGGCUGCUGCCGUGGCUGUCUAUCAGAUCGGAUGUUUCCUGGGCGCGCUUCUCAUUCUCUUCAAAGGAGAGACGUGGGGUCGCAAGUCUUCUACUUUCUGGGGCAGCGCCAUCAUGGUCAUCAGUACCGUCAUGCAAGCCGGCUCUCACGAGUACAAUUCCCACAUGGCAAUCCGACGUGGAUUUCUCAUCACCCUUUCCGGAGCUCUCAUCUCUGGAGGCAUUAUGAUUGCUUACUGGGUUGACUAUGGCUUUUACUUCCUUGAGGGAUCGAUUCGCUGGCGAUUUCCGAUCGCUUUCCAGUCAUUCUUCACUAUCAUCGUGAUGAUUGGUCUUCUCUAUCUCCCCGAUUCACCCCGAUGGCUCGCGAUGAAGGGCCGCACCGAAGAAGCCCGUGCGGUCACGGCGCGUCUUCUCGGCAAGCCUAUUGAUCAUGAGGAUGUCACCACGGAAGUCAAGGCAAUCAAGGAGGCACUUGAAGUCCAAAGUCAGGGCGGUGGCUUCCAGUACAAGGAGCUCCUCACUAACGGACCGUCUCAAAACCUUCGUCGAACGCUACUCGGAAUCGCCGCGCAAUUCUUCCAACAGAUUUGCGGUAUCAACCUCAUCACUUACUACGCUGGCUUCCUUUUUGAGAAUUCUCUUGGGUUUGGCCCCGAACUGUCGCGGCUUCUCGCAGCUGCAAACGGCACUGAGUAUUUCCUGGCGUCGCUCGUUGCAUUGCCCCUCAUCGAGAGGACUGGUCGACGGAAGCUCAUGCUCUUCGGUGCCUUUGGCAUGAUGGCAUCCAUGGCUAUCCUGGCGGGUACCGUCUCUACAGGUACUGUCGCAGACAACGGGGCUCCUAACCUCGAGACCCGCUACGGUGUAACGGCCACCGUCUUCCUCUUUGUCUUCAACUCUUUCUUCGCAAUUGGCUGGCUCGGCAUGACCUGGCUGUACCCUGCCGAAAUCACCAACCUUCGCAUUCGCAUCCAAGCCAACGCCCUGUCGACCUGCUCCAACUGGCUUUCCAACUUCCUCAUCGUCAUGAUUACCCCUCCAGCCUUUGCCAACUUGGGAUACAAGACAUAUGUCAUGUUUGCCGUCUUCAACGCGGCCAUCAUUCCGUGCGUCUGGCUAUUUUUCCCUGAGCCCAAAGGCCGGAGUUUGGAGGAGUUGGAUGUUAUCUUUGCCAGCGCGCACGCUGAUGGCGCCAACCCUGUCAAGCGUGCGAAGGAAAUGCGACACAUUGAGGGUAACGAGCUUGAAGGCGAGCUUGACAAGUAUUUUGGUUCCAGUGAGCAGGUUGAAGAUGCUCGUCCCAUGACGCGCCCGAUGACUGGGCACAGUCAUCACACAAGGCAUUGA